UCCACUCCUACUUCUCCUCUCUUCUUCCUCUCUCCUCUCUCUCAAUCAUCCUCAUCGGAUACUCUGCGGUGGCAUCUCUCAUCUUCACCAUGCAGAGGUUCGCGUCCAACCUCAUCGGCCGCCGUGGCAUGGCCACGGCCAGCGCCCUGAACAAGAAGGUCCCCAUGACCAACUGGGAGUCUUCAAACUACCUGAACUACCUUAAGAUGAGCGAGAACUUGUCAAUCGUCCGACAACGUCUCAACCGUCCUCUCGCAUACGCUGAAAAGAUCCUCUAUUCCCAUCUGGACGACCCUCAUGGUCAAGAGAUCGAGCGGGGUAGCAGCUAUCUCAAGCUUCGUCCCGAUCGUGUAGCCUGUCAAGAUGCCACUGCUCAAAUGGCCAUCCUCCAAUUCAUGUCCGCCGGUAUGCCCUCCGUUGCGACCCCGACCACUGUACACUGCGACCACUUGAUUGAGGCCCAGGUCGGCGGGGAGCAGGAUCUCGCGCGCGCCAACGACAUCAACAAGGAGGUCUACGACUUUCUGUCUACGUCAUGUGCGAAGUACAACAUUGGUUUCUGGCGCCCUGGCUCUGGUAUCAUUCAUCAGAUCAUCCUGGAGAACUAUGCUUUCCCAGGUGGUUUGAUGAUCGGUACCGACUCGCACACUCCUAACGCUGGUGGCCUGGGAAUGGCUGCUAUUGGUGUUGGUGGUGCGGACGCUGUUGACGUUAUGGCGAACUUGCCAUGGGAACUCAAGGCACCCAAGGUCAUCGGUGUUAAGCUUACUGGUCAAUUGUCUGGCUGGACCUCUCCUAAGGAUAUCAUUCUCAAGGUUGCGGGUAUUCUGACCGUCAAGGGUGGUACUGGUGCAAUCGUGGAGUACUUUGGUCCAGGAACCAACACCCUGUCUGCUACAGGCAUGGGCACGAUAUGCAAUAUGGGCGCUGAAAUCGGUGCUACGACCUCCCUUUUCCCAUUCAACGACCGCAUGUACGACUAUCUCGCAGCCACCAAGCGUUCGCAGAUCGGUGACUUCGCUCGCGAAUAUGCGGCUGAACUGAAGGAAGACGAGGGCGCUGAAUAUGACCAAUUGAUCGAGAUCAACCUGUCCGAACUCGAGCCUCAUGUCAACGGCCCCUUCACUCCCGAUUUGGCAACUCCUAUUAGCAAAUUUAAGGAAGCUGUGGAAGCAAACAAGUGGCCCGAGGAGGUCAAAGUUGGUCUUAUCGGCUCCUGCACCAACUCCUCUUACGAGGACAUGUCUCGUGCUGCAUCCAUCGCUGAAGACGCCAUGGCGCACGGUAUUAAGUCCAAGGCUGUCUUCACCGUCACUCCUGGCUCCGAGCAAAUUCGCGCUACUAUCGAGAGAGAUGGUCAGCUCAAGACUUUCGAAGAAUUCGGUGGUAUGGUUCUUGCGAACGCUUGCGGUCCUUGCAUUGGUCAGUGGGAUCGCCGAGACGUCAAGAAGGGCGAGGCCAACUCCAUCAUCUCUUCGUACAACCGCAAUUUCACAGGUCGUAACGACGCCAACCCGGCUACUCACGCAUUCGUAACCUCUCCAGAUCUCGUUGUUGCCAUGUCUAUUGCUGGCACUCUGAAGUUUAACCCCCUAACCGACACGCUCAAGGAUAAGGAUGGCAAGGACUUCAAGCUCAAAGCACCAACUGGUGAUGGUCUGCCAUCUCGUGGCUACGAUCCUGGUCAGGACACAUACCAGGCGCCACCCAAGGACCGUUCUUCUGUCUCUGUCGCUGUUUCGCCUACCUCCGACCGUCUGCAAAUCCUCGAGCCCUUCGAGCCAUGGAAUGGCAAGGAUGCUACCGACCUUCCUAUUCUCAUCAAGGCUCAGGGCAAGACAACUACUGACCACAUCUCCAUGGCUGGCCCAUGGCUGAAGUACCGUGGACAUCUCGACAACAUCUCCAACAACAUGUUGAUCGGUGCCAUCAACUCAGCCAACGGUGAGGCUAACAAGGUCAAAAAUUUCACUACCAACGAGUUCGAUGCUGUUCCAGCAACUGCUCGUGACUACAAGAAGAAGGGCAUCAAGUGGGUUGUCAUUGGUGACUGGAACUACGGUGAGGGUUCAUCCCGUGAACACGCCGCUCUUGAGCCCAGGCAUCUGGGUGGUCUAGCCAUAAUUACACGUUCUUUCGCCCGUAUUCACGAGACGAAUUUGAAGAAGCAGGGUAUGCUUCCUCUUACCUUCUCCGACCCAGCGGACUACGACAAGAUCCAGCCCGACGACAAGGUUGAUCUACUCUGCACUGAGCUCGCCGUCGGCAAGCCAAUGACUCUGCGCGUACACCCAGCCAACGGAGACAAGACCUUUGACGUCAAGCUCUCGCAAACUUUCAACGAGGGCCAGAUCGAGUGGUUCAAGAACGGAUCGGCUUUGAACACGAUGGCGAAGAACGCGAAGGCGUGAAGGCAGCUAUGUAAAUCUUGAUAUCAAUAAGUUGUUGGGAGACGUUGGGGGUGAUGCGGACGCAUGAUUAUUUAUUCAGCAUGUUCUGGGUUUCAUUUCUCGUCUUCCAUGUACCAUAUCCACAGGACGAGGCGAGACGGACUACUUGGGCGUAUACA